UCUAUCCCUUUAUUAAAACUACAUUUGUUGAUGUAGUAUUCUGCUACUUUUGUUUUUCUAGCUUUUCUUUGUUUAUUUUUCAAAAUAAAAGCUUGCGGGUCUUUUAGUUUGUCACCGCUGUCGGUCUCAGAUGUGCGCGCCGCUCGCGCUCGUGCUUGUUUCUGAGCUGCGGCGGACCGUCGCGCGGUUCGAUCUCCAUUCGUUCACUUCUGUAUUUGACGCCUGGAUCCGAACAGAACCGGGAUCAGAACCAGACCUGCUUACCGUACCGGACUUGUUCGCGCAGCUUUCAGCUUUCAUGUUCCGGAUCCGGAUCCGUUCUCUGAAAACCUGCUUGCCUCAGUACACCUGAAGUACACUCGAAGCUGGGGCCAUGGCUGUGUCCAGGGCCCCCGGGAGCCUGCGGGACCUCCAGCUGGCUCUGCAGCUGAAGGUGGAGGAGCUCCGUCAGAGAGACGCUCUCAUCGAUGAGCUGGAGCUGGAGCUGGACUCCAAGGACGACCUGAUCCGCCAGCUGCAGGUGGAGCUGGACAGGUACCGCAGUACAGCACGGCGGGGAGGACAGGAUGCAGAGACUCGUCGCACAAAGAGACACGCCUUCUCUGCUGAGGCCCCGCCCCUGGACUCUGCCCAGCUCGCCGCCGUCAGCAUUACCAGCUACAGAAAGAGCAAAGAAUCCAGAGAUCUGAUCCAGAAAGCUCUGCUGGACAACGACUACAUGAAGCAUCUAGAGCGGGAGCAGAUCGCCUCCAUUGUGGACAGCAUGUACCCCACCAGCCUGGACAAGGGCAGCUGCGUGACCCAGGAGGGGGAUGUGGGUUCAACGCUCUACGUUCUGGAGGAGGGGAGGGUGGAAGUGACCAAACAGGGGAGGAAACGGAGCAACAUCAGCGGCGGGAAGGUGUUUGGAGAGCUGGCUGUCCUGCAGCGAUGCGCCUGCACAGCCACCGUCACAGCUCUGACCAACGUCCGGCUUUGGGCGAUGGACCGUCAGGGUUUCCAGACCGUUACGAUGAGGGCCGGCCUCCUCAGGCGCUCCCGGCACACGGACCUCCUGCGCAGGGUUCCCUGGUUUCAGUCGCUGCCCGACGGCGUUCUCUGCAGACUGGCUGAGGCUCUGGAGGAGACUGUUUACAGUGACGGAGACUUCAUCAUCCGUCAGGGGGCACCCGGGGACACCUUCUUCAUCGUCAGUGAAGGACAGGUGAAGGCGUCCCAGCAGGCCUCAGCAGACGGCGAGCGGGAGACGGAGUGGACUCUUUCUGAGGGGGACUGGUUUGGAGAGCACGCCCUGAAAGGGGAAGAUGUGCGCGCCGCCAGUGUCAUGGCUGUUGGGGGGGCAACGUGCCUGGUCAUCGACAGGGAGUCUUUCAAGCGGGUGGUUGGAGGGCCGGACGGAGGACCGGACGGAGCACCGGACGGAGGCGAUGUCGGGAGCGAUGGCGGCGCUGAGGUCGAGUUCAGACAGCGGGUGGAGUCGGACUUCAUCUCCGGUUUGUCCCUCGGUCAUUUCCGAAUCAUCUCCACUCUGGGACGGGGGGGCUGCAGUCGCGUGGACCUGGUCCAGUUGGAGAAGUAUCCAAAUCGCUCGUUCGCCUUGAAAGUGCUGCAGAGAAGCCGGAUCCUGCAGACGGGCCAGCAGAACCGCGUCCGGUCCGAACGGCGCAUCCUGAUGGAGGCUCACAACCCGUUCAUCGUCAGGUUGUAUCGGACGUUCAGAGACUCCAGACGUCUCUACAUGCUGCUGGAGGCCUGCCUGGGGGGCGACCUGUGGUCUCUGCUGCAGGACAGGGGGCCUUUUGAUGACGGCGCCACUCGCUUCUAUGCCGGUUGUGUCACUGAAGCUCUGGUCUAUCUUCACCACAAAGGAAUCAUCUACAGGAACCUCAAACCAGAGACCAUCCUGCUGGACCUCAGAGGAUACGCUAAGCUGGUGGACUUUGGCUUCGCCAAGUAUGUCGGUGUGGGAAAGAAGACGUGGACGUUCUGCGGGACGCCUGAGUAUGUCGCCCCCGAGAUCCUCCUGAACAAAGGCCAUGACGGCUCGGUGGACUGCUGGGCGCUGGGGGUCCUGCUGUUUGAGCUGCUCUGUGGCAGUCCUCCGUUUUUAGCUUCUGAUCCGCUGGACAUCUACAACAUCAUCCUGAGAGGCAUCGACAUGAUCCAGUUUCCCAGGAAGAUCACCAAGAGUGCAGCCAACCUCAUCAAAGGACUCUGCAGGGACCGUCCGUCAGAACGCUUGGGGAACCAGAAGAACGGGUUGAGGGACGUCCAGAAACACAAGUGGUUUGACGGCUUUGACUGGGACGGCCUGCAGCAGGGGAGCAUCAGACCACCAUUCGCCCCCCCGGCGGAUGGUCCGCUGGUCCACAGCGACUUUGACAGUUUUACAGAAGACACGGAUGAGCCCCCUCCGGACGACGGGUCUGGAUGGGACGCAGAGUUUUAAUAAAACCGGAUCAGUUUGACAGACGCUCAGUUUCCACACAUCCAAGCAGAUUACAGAUUACAUGCUGUAAUCUAAGUGUCACAACUGAUUUAAAUAAAAAACUCUGCAUUUCACAUAGUUAAGCAUUAUUUUAUUAAAAACAGCAUGUUUUCAAGAUAUCACAAAGUUUAUAGUUGAAAGGAAUACAGCCAAAAGCAAAAAAAAGGGGAGCUGUGGUUUACUGUGACAGAAAAAAUGAAGGUAUUUUAAAUAAUUUAUCACUAAUUUUAAAUCUGUGCUAACAGCAACAAAUGUCUGUGAUGUAGUUUAGAUUAUUCAUGGUGAGUUGUUAAUAAAAUGAUAAAAUUGUU